CUUUCUUUCGGUAGCGAGUGUAAAGUGUAAAAUAUUAGUGCCGACAAAAUGCCACCACGAAGACCUCAAUCUCAGUCGCAAAGCCAGCUCCAGACCAGCCAAGAAAACCAGUCCAGUUCUCCUGAUUCGCAAGCGACACAAAAUAAUACACAUCUCAUAAACCAACUGGUCAAGGCAAUUCUUAAUUUGUCCUGCAACAAAGCGAUCAUGAAGCGAGCAGACAUCAUAAAAAUGGCGCUUAAGGGGAAUGGGCGUAUGUUUGGUAAACUGUUCAACGAAGUAAACGAUUUGCUUAAAGAGGUGUACGGAUACGAGCUGAUUGAGGUGGAUAAGAACAAAAACUUGAUCCUCUGUUCUACCAUUGCGCCCGCUUCGAUGUUCGACUUGAACGAAAACUAUCGGAAAAGCUACACGUUCCUUUAUCUCAUUCUGGGCUACAUUUUCAUGAAGAGCGGUUCUGUACCCGAAACACUUCUGUGGGAAUUCCUACAGAAGGUUGGUAUCGUGCGGGGCGAAGACCAUCCUUACUACGGUGAACCGGAAAAAUUAUUUGAAACGUUCCUCAAGCAAGCCUAUUUGGCGCGGACAAAACAAACAAUAGAGUCCUUCAACGACGAUUUCAUAUGCAUUACCUGGGGUGUUCGCGCGCAGCAUGAGGUUUCCAAGAAGCAAGUCUUGGAUUCAUUGUGCACAACGAUGAAUCGCAAUCCUAUGGAUUUCAAAUCGCAGUACAUCGAAGCCGAGGGGCUGGUCUCUCCGCCUCUCCCUGAGAGCACUUCAUUCAGUGAAUAUGUAGGAGGAAGUGAUUUUGUUGAAGAGCACGUUGAAACGGUACAAAAUACCGUUGAAAUGUUGGAAGAUAGCGCUCAAUUUUUUGGAGAUGACGAAGCUAUUGAAGCUAGUGAAGCUAGUGAAAGUAAUGAAAAUCUUUAAGAAAAUAAAGCA